AAUUACGCGGCGUUUAUUUCAAAUGGCUUGAAGUUAUGAAUAUACAAUAUAAUUGAACAUUACUGAACCGUUGUGUUACAUAUGAAUCUGGCCUAAUAUUUAGCGAUAUCAAUAUGCAAUUUAGAAGCGAAAUUUGAAAUCACGUUCACAUACCUGAAAUGUCAAAUACAUCUAUAUAUUGGUCAAAAAUUCGAUGCGAGUACUAUAGCAAGGAGUGAAUAAUUCAAGGCGUGAAUUCAAAUUACAGGAAAUACGCUAUUGGAAAACUUUAAGUUUAGUCGUUAAAAGUCACGAUAAAUUAAAAGGUUUUCAUUCAGCCAUGCGAGGUUAUUAAAAAAUGUUUUGUUUUCUAAUUGAAAAUUUCAAGCAGAUCUCUAUAAAAGAAGCUAUGCUUACAUCUUAAUAUGUAGUUAUCUCGAAUUUUUCGCGCACUUUAUUGAACAAAGCGGUUCAGCGAUCCGUACCAAUAUAUAUAAUAUAAACUCCUCAGUAACCGCUAAAUAAGAUAAUAUAUUGAUAAUAGAAAAAGAGUCGUCUUUUUACUUAAGAAGAUUUUAAAUUUGUUUUAAAUAUAAAAAGUUUAGAUAUCUCACAUACAAGUUUAAUUUUGAGAUAAUUGAGAAUAAAGCUUCUUCACAAAAAUCAUAUUUAAAGUAUUAGUACAACUUUUGAAAUUUUAAAUGUAAAUUGUUAAAUUUUAAAUUUUAAAUAUUCAUUCGAAAAUACGUUUUCGAAAAAUUGUUAGUGUAAAUUGGAUCUACAAGAACAUAAAAUAAUUAAGAAUAGCAAGCAAUUAUAUAUAAUGGAUGCUUGUAAUCUUGUGAAUAAGAAAAAAGAACAAUCGGUUCUGUACGCUUCAUUUCCGGAAAUGAGUAACCUAUGUUGUGCAAUUUGCGAAAUUGAUUUUCUUGAAGUUCAUGAUGCAUCGGCGAAAUCAAAUUUUCAUUGGCAAACAAUUAAGUGCCGAUUACUUAUUCAUUUAAUAUCUGACGUUAUUGCUUCACCAGUAAUGGGUACAGAAAGAUAUAUAUUUGUUAUAACGCAUAAACAAUUUUCUCAAAAUGGUAGAUUGGAACAAAUUUUAAGAAAUUUUAAACUAGUGUAUCAAGGAUCAAGACCAGUUACUACAGAAGUUUAUAAAAGUUGUCUUAGGUAUACCAUGCAAACUAAGAUAGCUCCUUUGUGGAAUAAAGUUGAUGAUUAUUUUGUUCAAGGAAAAAAUUUUUAUAACUUUAUAGAAGGAACUAGAGCAUUAAAAUUAGAUGUACUUAUAGAGGAUAGAAAAAUGUGUUUGCAACUUCAUGCAGAAAUACUUAAAAUUCCAUAUAUAAAACUUGAAGACUAUCUUUCACCAUCUAUUAUAUCACAUUUUUUAGCAGACCCUAAAGGAUACGUCGAUUUAUCUCGUUAUAAUCUUCCAUUUGUAUAUGUAUUACCAAGUACAAAGAAAGCCAAACUAUUAUCUGUGUCUAAAGAACUUCCAGCAAAAUGUGCUUUUAAAGAUUAUGACCAAUUACGUAGACACUGGAAAAAUAUGUAUGGAUAUUAUUUACCAAAAAAUAAAGGUGGAAUUUUAUUUUAUGAAAUUAAAUUUUUGAUUUCCAAAUCCAAGGUUUUUACAUAUCCUCAUAUGUGUGUAGCAAGUAGUCCAUUAGAAAUUAUUCCAAAUAGAGAGAAAGAAUCUACAAUUACACAGUUUUUAUCUGAUAUACUUAUGAAAUUACCUGCAGUUUGUGGUAAACGGCUACAGAUAUCCAAGGAUACCCCAUUUGAUACAAAAUCUUUAAAUAUAAAGUCAAGUAAUGCAUCACCAAAGGACACAGGAUUAAGUACACACCUUAAGGAAAAGGAGAAUAUCGUCUCACAAUUAGAAUUGUCUGAUAAAUAUAUAGAUGGGUUGACAAAAGAUGUAAAUGCUGCUAUAUCAUUAAGAACACGAUUAACUAAAAUUCAUCAAAUUCAUCAAAAAUUAAACAACAGGGAUGUGAAAGAAAAUCAAAGUGGUACUAAGAUAAUAAUAUACCUGUACAAAUAUACCUAAAAAUUGUAAUUACUUGAGUUAUAAAAUAAAU